GCCCCAUUCAUAGGGCCAGUAGGCAGGCAGGCAGGCAGGCGAACUGCGGGAGCGGCUAAAUACCAUCAACGACGGAGCGUGUGAGCCAAAUGAUGGUCUAUCACUGAAAACACCAGGCCAGGUUGAACUGCGGUAUCUUUGUCAGCCGUUUCGACAUCGGACACACUCUCAUGUGAAACUGAAACCGCCCUCUCAGGAAUGGGAUUUUGAAUGUCUUGAUGAAAUACCGGAGGAGCUCUCCUGUGUUCGACCUGCCGCGGAAAUAGACUGACUUCCUAGUCGCCUGCUGCCCACCGCUGCCGCAGACCCGGCCACCCUACCCGGCUCAUUAAACCCAGGCUGUCCGCGGACCUCCUGGCUCUGGCAUCUGGACACAUCGGAACUGGUCUAUCGUCGUUGUAGAUACGCAAACGUGCCUGUGUGUGUGUGUGUGUGUGUGCGCGCUUUCGCUGCCUGUAUAAUGCCGACACAUUUGCGGUUCCGGAGAAGGUCAUUCCUUGGGCUUUUAUUCCUCUUUUCACUGUCCACCUCCGCAUUGUACUUCAUCUACUCCGCCCCCGGAAUCGUGAAUGAGUAUGUGUUCAUGGUCCAAGCCAGAGGGAUCCAGAUCAGAGAGAACGUGAAGAACAUUGGGGCUCAGGUUCUGGAGCAGGUGGUGAGAGGGGCUUACAGCAUCAAUGGCACAGACUAUUCCUAUGACUUCAAUGUGAGCGAGAGUGAUGAUCCUCCCACCACAUACCUCCCAGAAGGCUUCACCUACCUCUCCUCCCAGAUUUGCCCCGAGAGACUGCCCUCCAUGAAGGGCAGAUUGGAGGUGAAUAUGAGUGAGAUAUCUUUGGAGGAGGUGGAGAGAUCUUUGCUGGAGGGAGAGCCUCACAUAGCCGAAGGAGGCUACUGGAAGCCCAAAGACUGUUUACCUCGCUGGAAGGUGGCAAUCCUAGUCCCGUUCAGGAACCGACAUGAACACUUACCUAUUCUCCUGAGACACCUGGUGCCAGUGCUACAAAAACAGAGACUCCAGUUUGCCUUUUAUUUCAUAGAACAGGGGGGCACAGAGCCAUUUAACCGAGCCAUGUUGUUUAACGUGGGCUACAAGGAGGCUAUGAAGGACCUGGACUGGGACUGUCUGAUUUUCCACGAUGUGGAUCACCUCAUGGAGAACGAUAGAAACUACUACGGCUGCACAGACAUGCCUCGACACUUUGCGGUCAAACUCGACAAGUACUCCUACAUGCUCCCAUAUAAUGAGUUCUUCGGUGGUGUCAGUGGCCUGACGGUGAAGCAGUUCAAAAAGAUUAAUGGUUUUCCUAAUGCAUUCUGGGGCUGGGGAGGAGAGGACGAUGACCUCUGGAACAGAGUGCGGUAUGCCAAUUACACCGUAAGUAGACCACACGGAGAGCAGGGACGCUACAUGUCAAUUCCUCAUCACCAUCGCGGGGAAGUCCAGUUCCUGGGAAGGUAUAGUUUACUACGCCAUUCAAAGGAGAGACAGAAAGUGGAUGGUCUUAACAACCUAAACUACUCCCCCAUAGUGUCCAGGAGGCCUCUCUACACCAACAUCACAGUCAGCUUGAGCAGAAAGCUUGCACCCAUAGCUGACUACUGAAGUAGGCACAGCUGGACUGCAAAACACCUGGGAAUCAAAGUCCUUUGGGACAUCAGCCAUAUCUCACCAGUUGCAGCACUGCUUAGAACUUUUUAGUUGACUGAUUAUUUGCUUUGUUUAUUUUGUUUGUAUGCAAAAAAAAAAGGAGACUCAAAUAAGUAUGUUGGAUAAAUCAUAUAAGAAAUUAAGGAUAAAUGCUGCACUUGCUUGUGCCACAGUCCAUCACUCCUCUCAUCUGGGCUUAUCUAGUGUUCGGUCUCCACAUGCCUUUUGCACCAUUUUGGCCUUCAGCAUCCAUUCAUUCAUUCAUUCAUUCAUUCAUUCAUUUUCUUAUUCAGUCAACUAUUAGCUCAGCCCUACACUAUUGUGCUUGUUUAUUAAAACAGGCCAUGAUACGCACGCACAUUCAUGACAUGGUCCCUGAAGCUUCAAUUUUUUAUUUUGCUGUUUUUUCUUCUUAUCUUAUUUUAACAAAUGCAGUAAACCUGUGAAAACAUUUGCAUGCACACAACACCAUGCAGCAACUUUAACCGAGUGGACUCUUGCAGCUGGUUCUGCAGAAGAUAUGCCAAAUCUACAAGUGAGGAGAGCAAGAGAAAAUGAAAUAAAAAAGAGUGAGUGUUUUCAGUCAUGUAUACUGUAUGUGAAAUAGUUUAUCCUAUGUUUAGAGAAUAUUAAUACCUUAAUCAUCUCUUACAAGCUAUAUUUUGUCCUGUGAACAUACCAUUUAAAGACUGUGAUGUUUGUAUUUGCAUAAUUAUAUUGGAUGUUCUGGUCGCCUGCAAGUGGUUGUAUGUUGGAGUGCAAUGCUCAUCCUGUUAGCAAUAAGCUGUAAUAUCAGACAGCAGAAUUUAGCCCUAACUUCCUCACUAUACAGAUGCAAUAGCAUGGGUGCUAGCAUACCCUUAUUGGACUACAGAGAUGGAGUGACUGCAUAUGCAAACUUCACAUUCAACACACCUUUGCCUAAGCAAACAUGCCACCCUUUUCAGAACCCGUGUGUGUCUGUGUGUGUGUGUGUGUAUAAGUGAGGGAGAGCUAUGCAAAUGGCCUGUAUGUACCCUGUUGUCAGUGCAAUGUCUUCAGGGUGACCUCCAGGAGAUUUCACCCUGAAACUGUGACUGACUGACUUUAGACCUCACUUAGUGUGUGUGCAAGUCCAGGCCAGGGAGAGAUAAACAGUUUGCCGUUUUAUUUUUAGAUCCCACAUGCUUAAUGUUUACUCACCUUCAUUUUUUACGGGAGAGAAUUGGAGGUAGAGAAUACUUGAUUGCUGUCACUGUCAGUGGUGUUUACAGAAGCUUUUGCUUUGUUAUUUUUCAGAUUGUCUAGUGUUUGUAAUACUGUUAGCCAGCCCUCCUCCACUGUGGGUGCUGUGAAAACUGUAUCUCUACAACAACCAAUCUAUGGCUGCCUUUAUUUUUUUAAACUGACAUUUCUUUAUCUAGACAUGGAUAGGGAAAACCAGAUCUGAGUGCUUAUUUAAGGCAUCAGACGAUACACCACUGAUUAGCUUUGUUAGCUUGUGGCCAGGCUUUGGCCAGUGAGUUUCUGUGUGUAAAUCAUACGUUGGGAUGUUGGUCUAAGUUGAGGUUUUGUUCGGUGGCAUCUGUCAGCCUAACUGCAUUGACACAGCACUACACUGGCAGUACACAACAGUUGCUAAAAUGUCCCUUCACUGAUUUGUGUGUUUGACAGUGUUGAUUUUGAGUAAAAUAUCCCAAUACUGUAAAUGUAGUUUAAAAAAAAAAAAAA